GACCCGGGGGCGGUGCGGCGGUGAGCGCUCGGCGGGGCCGCAGCGGUAGAGGCAGCAGCAGCGUCGGGCGGGUGUCGCCUCGCCAUGGCCAAGCACCACCCGGACCUUAUCUUCUGCCGCAAGCAGGCGGGCGUCGCAAUCGGAAGACUUUGUGAAAAAUGUGAUGGCAAGUGUGUGAUCUGUGACUCCUACGUGCGGCCCUGCACCCUGGUGCGCAUCUGCGACGAGUGUAACUACGGCUCGUACCAAGGGCGCUGCGUGAUCUGCGGGGGCCCGGGAGUGUCUGACGCCUACUACUGCAAGGAGUGCACCAUCCAGGAAAAAGAUAGAGAUGGUUGCCCUAAGAUCGUCAACCUGGGCAGUUCCAAGACAGAUCUUUUCUAUGAAAGGAAAAAGUAUGGCUUCAAGAAGAGGUGAUCCUAUCUGUACAUGGCUAUACCUCCUGCCAGGUUGGCAAGAGGGUCUUGGAACAUCUCUGAACUUUACUAUUAUUGGAAACCGGUUGAUGAUGUUUUUCUAAAGCAGUACAGAUUCAGUAAUAUACCUGGGGCUGGAGAAGUAACAGACUGAAUGACGACUGAAACCUGAUCAGAACCAACGAUCAGCAAGAGCAGAUGAGGAUUACUGUCUCUUGCCUUUGCAGAAGCUCUGCAAGUAGUUGCCUCAACUCUCUAUACAAAGCCUGGUGGGCAAGCACUUACACACGGAGGAAACCAGCUCGUGAAAAGCGAGUGUCAUUUCAGGUGUGGAGAAAGAUCUUCUGGUUGUUCUUACUGGGCUAUUUGAAAUUGCCCCAUGCAUCAGUGUUGAAGAACAGAGCACCAAUCCCAUGUGUCUGCUCCCCUCCUCCAUUCCUCCAGUAUAUUUCCAUGCUGCCCUGUUUUGUAAGGAACCUGCUCAUGGCUGGUGCCUUCCUAGGGAGAGCACAGCUGUUCCAUGUUUUUUUUGUCAGAUUAAUCCAAGGCCCCUUCUUGUAACCAUUUCUGUAGGAUGCAUACCAAUAAAGCUUUUCGUUUGGGUGUUUAUUUUUUGUACAACAA